UGUCGUUCAGAGGGCCGAGCGUCUCCCCUCAAUCUGCUUCUACACCUCACACACAUCGCUUGUCUUCCCACUCAUCAUCUUGCAGGCUCGGCAUCAUCAGGACCAGAUGCCGAUUGAACCAGCUACACGAGUUUCAACCACGCGCUUCCACUCUCCCCCAUCACUGGCUUCGAUCGAUUGUCAUCGCUGCCACGUGCGCCUUGAGGAGCGUGACAGCGCGUAGCAUACACCACCAAGUCAUCUACACCACACAAAAGGGCAGCAAGGGUCUGCGAGUCAGCACCGCGUGAACUUUUCGAGCUGCUGCACCUUGGUCCGGUACCUCUUCUGUUCGCCGCCCAUUUCGUCUGUGCGUCUCAGUGUCAUCACUGUCCGUAGUCUGGGCACACUUGGAUGCGCCUUGCCACCAUGCCACCACGCCAUCACCACAGUGGAGGGGCAACAAUAGGCAAUGCAGGUGGUGGUGGUUCUCCAUUUCCACCUUUGGGUCUAGCAGCAGCGGGCGCCAUACCUAGUGGCACACACACUCCCGCCAACAAUCCGUCUACGUCUGGAGACUCGGAGGGAAAUGCGUCUUCUAGAACAGGUCUGCCGCCCUCUACUGGGAAAGUGGACACUGCUGCUGCCCAGAGCUGCAGAGUGCAAGACGCGUAUUGGAGCGAAGAUGAGGAGGACAUGGACUGCCCGCUGUGCUUGGAAGAGAUUGAUCUGUCAGACGCCAACUUCAGGCCUUGUCCUUGCGGCUACCAGAUUUGUCGCUUCUGUUGGCACCACAUCAAGCAGAAUCUGAACGGAAGAUGUCCGGCUUGCCGGCGCAAGUACAGCGAUCAAGCCGUGGAGUUCACGCCAAUGACCCCAGAGGAGAUCAAGCGCUUGACCCUUUCCAAACGGCAAAAGGAAAGGGAAAAGAGAGAGCUGGAGCAGAUGAAUCGAAGACACUUAUCCAACGUGAGGGUGGUCGUCAGAACUUUGGUCUAUGUGACAGGCUUGAGCCCGCGGUUGGCUCGCGAGGAGCUCAUACCGACGCUGCGCUCCAACGAGUACUUCGGCCAGUAUGGGCGUAUAUCCAAGAUUUUGAUCUCGAAGCGCACAACAGCAUCAAAGUUGGUCAUGGGCACCUCGGAGUCAGCACUAGGUGUGUACAUCACUUACCAUCGCAAAGAAGACGCCGCGAGGGCGAUUGUGGCGAUCGAUGGGAGCAAAGGUUCCGACGGGCGCACGCUAAGGGCCAGUUUUGGAACGACCAAGUACUGCACCACGUACUUGCGCAACUUGCCUUGCACCGUGCCCACUUGCACUUACUUGCAUGAGCCGGGUGAAGAAACGGACACAUUCACAAAAGAAGAUCUUAGCACUUUGCGCCACGCGACCAAGGACGCUGAAUUCAAGCUCAAGCCUAGCGCGGCUGCGAUUCAAGCCGCCACUCAGUCUACGCGUCGAACAGACCCAUUCUCGAGUUCGGGUGCGCCGGGCUCAGAUAGCUCAGCGGCAGCCUUUGGCACUACGCCAGAAGGCUCUGCACUUCCCAAGACUGCCAGCUGGGCUAGUGCAAAGGCUCCAGGUACGCCUAUUGCGCCUACACCUGCUUUGCCCGUCUCGGGCGUCAUUCGCGACUCUGAGCUGCCAUCUCUUGCCGCAGCUACGGCCGCGAGGGAGGCACAAAGAAAGGCCAGCUCUCACACCAAGCAGAGCGCCAAGCAACAAGCAGCGCCAAGUCUCGAUGGCUCAGCUCCCGCAUCUCCGGCUCCAGUCAACGCGGCUCUCGCUGCGCCCACUACUCCCGCGUCCACGUCAAAGAGCCGAGCUGCGCAGCGGGCUGCUACCGCAGUGGCUGCCAAUGAGCCGUCAGCUGAGCCAGAGCCAACCGAGCUGGCGGAACCUUCAGAAGGCGCAUUGAAGGACCCUAGCACCGAUAUGGCGCCUCAAGCUGAGCCGCUACCAGCGCAGCCAGACGACUUGACUUCUAGGAGAGCGUCAGACUCGAGUUCGGGCAAGGCUGCUCAAGCAGGUGGAGGAACCUCCAGACCACCCGGACUUGCUCCGCCGGGCUUGAUCAAGGUCUCAGCAACAGCAAGUGCGGAGGCGCCGCCAGGGCUCGGACCUCCUCGAGUAGCAACACCAGCAACUAACGGAGAAGUGGCAAGCCCGCCUUACCAGCCCAGCCUGUCUGCUCAAGCUCUUCUGGACGAUAUGCGGGUGCGGCGCGAUGCUGGCCCGCGAGUGAGCCCAUUUCCCUCCUUUGAGGACACACUGCGCAGCUUUGAGAGUGGCGGAGACUUCUCUUUUAACCUCAGCGGCGACGUCCAAAAUUCAGAGAAGAGUGGUGCCGGAAACGCUGGGAUGGGAGCCUCAGCUGCGGGCUCCUUUCUCUUUGGAGGCCCGCACGGCAUCGCGCCAUUCGGUACGGUGCCGUCUGGUCUGACCACCGGCAGCGUCACUUUCAACGGCUCAGCAGACCAAGCAGGCGUCUACAACGGCUCUUUUGAUCCCUUUGCAGAAGAUGCUGGCAAGACCAUUAUCGCUCUGAAAGGUCACGGUGACGAUUUGGCACACGAUCCAGCCGCGGGGCCCUUUGCAGCGAUAGAUCAAAUGAGAAGGACGCUGUCCGAAGAGCGAGCCGGAGACAACGGCAGCAACGAUGACGAUGGUGCGGCCGACGCUGACACGAAGCAAGCUAGUCGGUUUGGAUUCGCCAAGCGCAAAGAGUCGGAUGUCGGGGCUGCAGGAACAAGCUCGCCAUUUCUUCGACCGCGCUCGCAAUUGUUCUCAAGCGCGGUGCCGCAGACCCAAUCACAAUCUGCUUAUGCAGGUCCACCAGGCCUGGGCAGUGGUGGCACGGCAUCCUUUGAGUCGCAUGGUGACCCUUUGGCUAUGAAUAUGCGAGAUAACGCGACAAAUGUCCUCGGCAGCGUGUUGUCAGAUCGACGAGGGCCGAUGGGUCUGCAAGGCAAGGCGCAAGACGUCUUUUCAUCGCCACGUCUAGACCAUCAAGCACGCUCUGGCAGCUCGGCCCAGUCUCAGCAGUACAAUGCUGCUCAACAGUAUGGUCAAAGCCAUGCGUUACCUCUGAAUGGAUUUGGGUCACAGAACAGGCACGACUCUGACUUUGGCUCCUCCGCGCGCGAAUCUCCUUUGUUGAUGCACCAGCAACAGCAUCGGACGACGGGCCCUCCGCCCGGUUUUGGAGUGCCUAACAAUGCAGAUCAGCAACACUAUGCGCACUCUCUUCAGCAACAGCAGCAUUCGCAAGCUCAGGGCCGUAGCAAUCACGGAGGGUCGGUUGCAGGCGUGGGCUACGAUUUCUUGGCGCAACUGCAGCGUGGCAGCGGACCCAACAAUGUCGGUUCGGGCAAUGGCAGCAACAGCAGGGGCCAAGCUUUCGCUUCGCCAUAUGCUGAUUCCAUGUCUGCUCAACAGCAGCAACAGAGGCACGGCAAUGGCGGACCGACCAACGCCGCUACGUCGCCGGGAGCUAGUGGCAACGCUUCGGAACCGCUCUUGGCGCAGAUCAUGGCCGCAGCAGCAGCUCGGCCUCGAUCGAAUGCUGGUGGUGCUUAUGGCGCGCAAAAUGCGGGAACGCCAGGAGCUAGUGGCAAUGAGGGCAUGCCUUUUUUCGACCCUGCCAUUAUGAGCAUGGCGAGAUCUCAACAGGCGCAAGCUCAGAUGCAUCAUCACCACCAGCACCCGCAGCACCCGCAGCAGCAACAACAGGGCCAAAAUAACAAUGCCUAUGCUGGAGCCUUUUCGCCUUUCGAUUCUGUGCCUCAACAGAACGCGUUCGGCAACUUCCAACAAAGGCACUGAGGCUCACGCUUGCUUCUACUGAGCCCGAAUUCGAAUCGACGCGACCUGCUGCGGUUCGUGUUCCGAGGCUCGCUUCUCGACUUGGGCCACUACUCCUUCGCUACCGCGCCGCUGGUUUCCUUCCUCACCUCUCUCGAUGUCUCACGAGAUUUCGCAACAUCAAAGCGUACACCGGGCCGGUGCCUCCGCCCGUGCGCUCCCUAACAUCAUCAUCAUCAUCAUCAUCAGCAGCAGCACCUAUACACAGCAGACGGGGCAGGCGCAGCAGCACAUUCAUAAUUGCACGUCCAACGCGCUCAGUCAAUUUCAUUCAGACCGACGCUUGGAGACCGCUCCCUUUCACGCGCGGCGUACGGAUGUUCUUCUCCCAGCGCCAUCCCCUUUUGAAAGUCGUAUUUGUCGUUUCCUGUCCGUUCCGCGCGAUACGCUUCUUUGAAUAAAUGAAAUGAGAAUAUUUCC